CACUGGUGUUGUACCAGAUAAAUUUAAGAUUGCUCAGAUAGUGCCUGUAUUUAAAAAUGGAUCUGCAAUUUAUGUUAAUAAUCAUUGACCAAUUUCUUUAUUGUCUAUAUUUAAUAGAAUAUUGGAAAAACUAAUGUAUGGGAGGUUGAUGAGGUAUGUUGAGAAAAUGAAUAUAAUGUCUGAAAACCAAUUCGGAUUUAGGUCGGGAUACUCCACUGUACAAGCAGUAACACUUAUUACUGAUAAAAUCCAAAAAGCAGUCGAAAAUAAACAAUACUCUUGUGGAAUAUUUUUAGAUUUAAGUAAGGCCUUCGACACUGUAAAUCAUGAUAUACUGAUUACAAAACUAGAGCGCUACGGAAUUCGGGGCAGAGCUAAAGAUUGGUUUAAAUCAUAUUUGUUAAACACAAAGCAGUAUGUCACAAUAAGGGGUAUUAGUUCAGAUGAAUUGCAUGUUUCCUGUGGAGUGCCUCAAGGUUCUGUUUUAGGACCGUUAUUAUUCCUUUUAUAUAUUAAUGAUUUGAAAAUUGCUCUGACCUUUUUGACUUUCAUAUGUUUGCUGAUGAUGAAAAUCUAUUUUUUUCGCAUGAUAGUAUAUUGAGGCUGGAGGAGCUGAUAAAUCACAAUUUGAUUAAGGUAAAUUCUUGGCUGUCUGCAAAUAAACUAUGUUUGAAUACUGAUAGAACAAAUUACGUUAUAUUCUGUACGCCUCAAAAAGUAAUUACCCAUGAUCUUAAACUUUAUAUCAGUUGUGACUCCAUUAAACAAACAAGCUAUGUUAAAUACCUAGGUAUCUAUACUGACUGCCAUUUAAAUUGGAAAACUCAAAUUCAUAAUAUUUAAAAAAAAAUUCAGAGGAGCAUUGGCAUUCUUUCAAAAUGACGAUAUUAUGUUACAUUUAACAUUCUUCUUCAGCUUUAUUAUUCUUUGAUAUACCCCUUUCUUACGUAUGGGACCAUAGUUUGGGGAAACACCUACGAAUCUUUCUUGAAAUCAUUAGUGCUCUUACAGAAACGAGUAGGACGUAUAAUCACUUUCUCAAGAUAUGAUGAACAUACUAGUUGACCUUUAUUUAAAAAUCUCGGUCUUUUAAAGCUCUUUGAUAUAAUAAAGAUGUCCAACUUAUUAUUUAUGCACGAUUUCUAUACAAAUAGACUCACCACUGUCUUUAACGAUUUUUUCUUUUUCGUUAGUGAUAAACACAAGUACAGUACUAGACUAGCAACAACAAUUAGUUAUUGUAUACCAAUUGUAAGAACAAAUUACGGUAAAUUUUCUACCCGAUCACAGGGACCCUAUAUUUGGAAUGAUAUAGAUGACAGCUUGAAAAUACUAACUAAAAAAAAAUUAAAAUCAAAUUUAUUAAUGACUACUAGCUUUAUCUUUAUUCUUAUUUCUGUUUUUCAUUUGCUUUCAAAUUAACUAAAAUCAAAUUUAUAAUUAAUGAUUACUGGCUUUAUGCUUGCUUUUGUUUUUUCAUAUGUCUAUAAAUUUUAAUUUGCAUUUGUAUAAUCAUCGUGCACCAUGACCUUAAACCCAAUGUUGACCCACAGUGGCAUGAAUACUUUAAUAAGGUUAUCUGACUUCGAUUAGUGUUAAAGCUAUUUCAGAUAUCCUGUGCCAACUCUGUCUUAAUAAUGUGUGGAAAAAAUUUGCAAUUAUGUAUUUUUGACUGGGGCGAAUAAAUUCUUCUUCUUCUUCUUCCUCUUCUUCUUAUUUUAAUAUUAAAGCGUUUCUUUUCUGAGUUGCCGUUGUUUUGUAUUUGGUAAUGAUUCUGAGUGGAUUUUGCAGAAUCUUUCAUACAAUAAAGUAAAAAUACAUCAAAACAGUUUAGGUUCGCGCAACAGUCCAUUAUCAAUUUUCAUUUUUUUGCCACUAUCGCUUGUGCCACUCAUUCAUUAUUUCGUAUACAAUCUCUGUUUUGAUUGGCUACUGGCCUACAAAUAAUUUUUGAUAUUGUGUGACAAUGUAAUUGUAUUAUGACGUUACAUGUGCAGAUAAUAGCUUUCUGCAUGUAAAUAUGACACCCUACAGAAAAUAAUUGCCAGCAAAAACGAACUUCUUUACAUGCAGAAAAUAUAAAGCCAUAGCGAGAUUUGCAUCUGUAACUGAAAAAGUAGCAAAAUACGCUAAACGAACCACAAACUAAGACAGCAUUAAGAGUGUUAUAACACAACCUCGGCCUUGAUAACUUUCGAUAUCACGCGAAAACCGAUUCAAUAAUUGUUAAUUAUUCUCGUAAUAAUUUUCUUCAACUUUAGUGAACUUUGUGUCCGCGCGUCCGCAUGUUCGCGUGUCCGUGUGUUCGCCUGUCCAUGUCUGUGUUUUCCACCUAACCGCAAAUCGAUUGUGCCCUCAACCACUGGACUCCAAUUUGUUUUGGCAGAAUUUGAAUUUUGGUAGAGUCUGCCACUUAUUUUUGACUUGGUUAAAUAUUUUUUUGCUGUACACAAGUUUUGAGACUACCAUAAAUAAUUAAGAAAAGACUCCUUUCAUUCCUUCAUUCUUUCAUACUCACCGCUUUUAAUUCUGCUUUUUCUUUUUCCAGACCAGCAACUUUCUUUUCUAGGUUACUAAUUGCCUCCGUUUCCUGUGGUAGUGUCGUCUCUAGCUCAAGCUGAAAAAACCCAAAUUUUAAAGAUUCCUACCAUAAUUACUGCAGUGUUCCAUGCACAAACUGGUUCCCAUGUAGUCGCUAAUUCCUUUAAGCUCUAUAGGCUCUGUACUUAACAAAUUGUAGCACUAGCCUUUUCAGGAGCCAUUUCAAUUGGGAUUACCUGUAUCAUGAUUUCUGUGUGGAGGUACUGCAUGGAGAGGUCAGUUAGAGCACUAUAGUAUUUAUAGUAUUUUGUAUUUCACCUUAAUGUCCAGUAUAGCCGUAUAAACAGUAGUGAGUCACAAUACAUCUAUGAAAACAAACCUUUGUCUCCAGUGAUGUCGCUUUCUUCAUAAACUCAGUCAAUUUAUCUUUAUCCACCAUAUUAUCAAAAGAACAA